AGGAGACUUUCCAGGCCCGUGAUUUGCUAAUCGGGGUUUGGAUCCCUUGUCAUUUCUCUUGCUCUGGUUUGCGGAGGUCGCCCAGCCCUCCUGCUCGCGGACGCACCGACUGCACUCCAUGCGCUUUGGUUAAAACCCGACGACCUUCACUCUGAAGGCUGGGCACUGGGAGUUUUUUUUUUUUUUUUUUAAGGAUCGGGGGCCUCGCUGUGACUGAGAGAAGAGGCUAAAAACUCCUCACAUAUGGCUUUUUUGUAGCAGCUUCCAUCACAUUUGGGAUUGUGGAAGGGACGCGUUUUAAAUUUACUUGAAGUCGCCCAAAAGUUUUCACUCACUUGUGGGGGCUGAUCAUGGAGAUGCAAAGGUGCUCCACAAGGUGGAAAACGAAAAGGUGGCUUAUGGAUUCCCAUGUAAGCGUGGUUAUCACUUUAAUCCUGGUUCUACGGGCUACUGGUGUCAGAACAGCAGAACCAGUGGAUGUGCUAAAAGUAUUAGAAUUUCAAAAUUACCCCGAAGGAGUGACGAAAACUUCGGGAUUUUGCACAAACCGAAGAGCAUCAAAGCCAGAUACAGCCUACCGAGUCAGCAAGCAGAUCCAGAUCAGCGGGUCGACCACACAGUUAUAUCCCGGUGGUGAUUUCCCUGCGGACUUCUCCAUUCUUACCACGGUGCGCCCAAAAUCUGGCCUCCAGUCCUUCCUGCUGUCCAUGUACAAUGAGAAAGGAGUCCAGCAGCUGGGCGUAGAGCUGGGACGCUCCCCUGUCUUUCUAUAUGAGGACCAGACCGGCAAACCAACCCCCGAGGACUACCCACUGUUCCGUUCUCUCAACCUUGCUGAUGGAAAGUGGCAUCGUGUGGCCAUCAGUGUGGAAAAGAAGACGGUCACUAUCAUUGUGGAUUGUAAGAAGAAGAUCGCCAAGCCUCUCCUCAGGAGUGACCACGCCUCUAUUGAUGCAAUGGUAUAGACCGUGUUCGGCACAAGACUCUUGGAUGAGGAAGUUUUUCCAGGGUGACAUCCAGCAACUUCUGAUUGUGGCUGAUCCCAAAGCAGCGUUUGACUACUGUGAACAUUACAGUCCAGAGUGUGACACACCCUCCAGUGACACUCUGCAGGCCCAGCAACCAGAGGAAGAGUAUACUACUGAUGAUUUAGAUUACUCUCAGUUCUAUGAUUACUCUGAGGGAACCACAGACGUCGUUCCAACUGACAAGUUUUCUGAACCACAGCUAAACAAUAUAGAAGAUUACAAUACAGACUUUGACUCCGGAACUGUAGAUGAUACUCUAACUCAGUCUCCCUUUGCCACGAGUGGACCCAAUGAGGCUGUGGAGGACAUCGUUUUCAGUGACUAUGUUACCGAGGCCGCUCCCAUUGUUCCAGAACUCACCAGUGUUGCAGAAACAGGAGACAGUAUGGAUACCGGUGCGGAUGCAUACGACUUUAAGGAGUAUGACCUAAAGGAGUAUGACUUGGGCGAGCUUGACAACAGGGUGUAUGAUUAUGGGGCAUAUGAUGAGUAUGGCACAGCCCCGCCUAAACCCACAGCAGUCUACGAUGAUGAGGUGGGCCCCGGGGUCGCCGCUGAAACGGAUUUGUCUGAGAGCACUGUUGCUGGUGCUGGAGCAGCUUUUGGACAAAAGGGUGAAAAGGGCGAGCCAGCUGUGAUUGAACCUGGCAUGCUGAUUGAAGGGCCUCCAGGACCUUCUGGACCAGCUGGUCUUCCAGGCCCCUCUGGCUUACAAGGACCUCCAGGUGUUGCUGGAGAUCCUGGUGAUCGGGGUCCUCCUGGUCGUCCUGGUUUGCCUGGUGCUGAUGGUUUGCCUGGUCCACCUGGUACCAUGCUGAUGCUGCCAUUCCGCUUUGGUGGGGAUGGUGAGAAGGGUCCAGUGGUGUCUGCCCAUGAAGCCCAAGCACAGGCCAUCCUCUCUCAAGCCAGACUAGCUAUGAGAGGACCCCCCGGGCCAAUGGGUCUGACAGGAAGAUCAGGACCAGUGGGUCUACCUGGUUCUGCUGGACUGAAAGGUGACAGUGGAGAUCCUGGUCCUCAGGGUCCCCGUGGCAUCCAAGGGUCUCUGGGACAACCUGGCAAACCAGGAAAGAGGGGCCGUGCUGGGGCUGAUGGGGCCCGCGGGAUGCCUGGAGAGCCAGGUGCCAAGGGUGACCGAGGGUUUGAUGGACUCCCGGGACUACCUGGUGAAAAGGGACACAGAGGGGAGCCAGGACCAAUGGGACCCAUAGGUGCUCCUGGAGAGGAUGGACAGAGAGGUGAAGAUGGAGAGAUUGGGCCUCGAGGAUUAUCUGGGGAGAGUGGCCCUAGAGGUUUGCUGGGACCUCGUGGACCUCCAGGACCUCCUGGAUCACCCGGUGUCGCCGGAGUUGAUGGACCUCCAGGUUCCAAAGGAAACAUGGGGCCACAAGGAGAACCGGGCCCACCUGGCCAGCAGGGAAUCCCUGGAACACAGGGUCUUCCUGGUCCUCAAGGCCCAAUUGGACCACCUGGUCAAAAAGGACCUCAGGGUAGGUCUGGGUUACCUGGAUUACCUGGAGCCGAUGGACCUCCUGGUCAUCCUGGUAAGGAAGGUCCACCUGGGGAGAAAGGAGCACAGGGACCACUAGGUCCGCAGGGUCCGAUUGGUUAUCCUGGCCCUCGUGGUGUGAAGGGAGCUGAUGGUGUCCGUGGGCUGAAGGGAUCAAAGGGAGAGAAGGGUGAGGAUGGUUUUCCAGGUUUUAAAGGAGAUAUGGGAAUUAAAGGAGACCGGGGUGAAGCUGGCAUGUUGGGACCACGUGGAGAAGAUGGUCCAGAAGGUCCAAAGGGCCGUGCCGGCCCCAAUGGAGAGUCAGGUCCAAUUGGUCCUGCAGGAGAAAAAGGUAAACUAGGAGUCCCAGGUUUGCCAGGCUAUCCAGGAAGACAAGGACCAAAGGGAUCAAGUGGCUUCCCUGGGUUCCCUGGAGCCAAUGGCGAGAAAGGAGCCAGGGGUGUUGCAGGCAAAGCUGGUCCAAGGGGACAAAGAGGUCCAACGGGUCCCCGUGGGGCUCGAGGAGCCAGAGGUCCAACAGGCAAACCCGGUCCAAAGGGUACAGCAGGCAACGACGGCCCUCCAGGACCGCCUGGUGAGCGAGGACCUCAAGGACCUCAGGGACCAGUGGGUUUUCCUGGACCAAAAGGCCCCCCUGGACCUCCUGGGAAGGAUGGACUGCCCGGACACCCAGGCCAGCGAGGAGAGACAGGAUUCCAAGGAAAAACGGUCCACCAGGUCCAGGAGGUGUUGUCGGGGCCCCAGGGACCUACUGGUGAAACAGGUCCUGUUGGUGAAAGAGGCCAUCCUGGACCCCCUGGCCCACCUGGAGAACAGGGUCUUCCAGGUGCCGGUGGCAAGGAAGGAGCAAAGGGAGAUCCUGGACCACAGGGGACCCCCGGUAAAGAUGGCCCACCUGGUCUUCGAGGCUUCCCUGGAGAGAGAGGUUUGCCUGGUGCAACGGGUCCUGCAGGUCUGAAGGGAGGAGAGGGGCCCCAGGGUCCACCUGGUCCUGUUGGUUCUCCUGGGGAGAGAGGUCCUGCUGGUCCAGGUGGUCCAAUUGGUUUAUCUGGUAGACCUGGUCCUCAGGGCCCCCCAGGUCCAGCUGGAGAGAAGGGAGCACCUGGUGAGAAAGGUCCACAAGGUCCAGCCGGUCGAGAUGGAGUUCAGGGUCCUGUCGGUCUACCCGGACCCGCUGGGCCCCAAGGUCCACCCGGAGAAGAUGGUGACAAGGGAGAGGUUGGAGAGCCUGGUCAGAAGGGAAGCAAAGCUGACAAGGGCGAGCAGGGUCCUCCCGGCCCAGCUGGUCUCCAAGGUCCUAUCGGUGCACCAGGCCCUGCUGGAGCUGAUGGAGAACCCGGUCCCAGAGGUCAGCAGGGAAUGUUCGGUCAGAAGGGAGAUGAGGGUCCCAGAGGAUUCCCUGGACCACCUGGUCCCAUUGGUCUGCAGGGGCUUCCUGGACCUCCUGGUGAGAAGGGAGAGAACGGUGAUGUUGGUCCCAUGGGGCCUCCUGGUCCCCCUGGUCCCAGAGGUCCUCAGGGUCCCAGUGGAGCUGAUGGUCCACAAGGUCCUCCAGGUGGUGUGGGCCCCAUGGGAUCUGUGGGUGAGAAGGGUGAACAAGGUGAAGCUGGAAAUCCAGGACCACCUGGAGAGCCUGGGACUGGGGGACCUAAAGGUGAGAGAGGAGAGAAGGGAGAAGCUGGGCCUCCUGGAGCUGCUGGACCCCCUGGUGCCAAAGGACCCCCUGGAGAUGAUGGUCCAAAGGGCAACCCAGGCCCUGUAGGAUUCCCUGGAGACCCUGGUCCCCCUGGAGAGCCAGGUGUUACUGGUAUUGAUGGAGAAUCAGGAGAGAAAGGAGAGGAUGGAGAGGCUGGUCAGCCGGGACCACCAGGUCCAUCUGGAGAAGCUGGACCACCUGGACCACCUGGCAAGCGAGGACCUCCGGGGGCCGCUGGUGCAGAAGGCAGGCAAGGAGAGAAGGGCGCUAAGGGUGAGGCUGGUGCUGAGGGCCCAGCAGGAAAAACUGGACCAGUCGGGCCCCAGGGACCUCCUGGAAAACCCGGUCCAGAGGGUCUCCGAGGAAUCCCCGGCCCUGUCGGUGAACAAGGACUGCCCGGCUCACCAGGACAAGACGGUCCACCCGGACCCAUGGGCCCUCCAGGUCUUCCUGGUCUGAAAGGUGACCCUGGCAGCAAAGGUGAAAAGGGUCAUCCAGGUCUGAUUGGUCUGAUUGGACCUCCUGGUGAGCAAGGAGAGAAGGGAGACAGAGGUUUACCCGGGCCCCAGGGUUCUCCCGGUAGCAAGGGCGAUGGUGGUAUCAGUGGAGCUUCUGGUCCUCUUGGUCCCCCUGGCCCCCCUGGUCUGCCUGGCCCUCAAGGUCCUAAAGGAGCCAAGGGUUCACCUGGUCCCGCUGGUCCAAAAGGAGACACUGGUGCAGUUGGUCCUGCUGGUCCUCCGGGUCCACCAGGUGAAGUUACCCAGCCCCUUCCCAUACAAUCACCAAAGAAGACCAAGCGCUCAAGUGACAUGCAGUCAGACACAGCUGGCACCAUUAUGGACUACGGCGAGGGCAUGGAGGACAUCUUUGGUUCUCUGAACAACCUCAAACAGGACAUAGAGCGUAUGAAGUACCCCAUGGGCAUACAAAACAACCCCGCCAGGACAUGCAAAGAUCUGCAACUCUGCCACCCUGAAUUUCCUGAUGGCGAAUACUGGAUUGAUCCAAACCAAGGCUGCUCUGGGGAUUCCUUCAAAGUCUACUGUAACUUCACUGCCGGGGGCGAAACCUGCAUCUACCCAGAUAAUAAGUCCAACGGGGUUAGAAUAUCUUCGUGGCCCAAAGAGGUCCCUGGCUCAUGGUUCAGUGAAUUUAAGCGUGGUAAAAUACUAACAUACGUUGAUGCAGAUGGAAAUUCAAUAAACAUGGUACAAAUGACCUUCCUCAAACUACUGACAGCUUCGGCCAGGCAAAAUUUCACUUACAGCUGUCACCAGUCUGUCGCAUGGCAUGACGAUACCAGUGAAAGCUACGACAAAGCACUGCGCUUCCUGGGUGCCAACGAUGAGGAGAUGUCUUAUGACAAUAACCCCUACAUCAGAGCCCUCUCAGAUGGGUGUGCGACGAGGAAGGGCUACGGAAAGACUGUGAUGGAGAUUAAUACUCCCAAAAUUGAUCAGGUUCCUAUUGUUGAUGUCAUGUUGACUGACUUUGGGGAUCCCAACCAGAAGUUUGGAUUUGAAGUCGGGCCUGUGUGCUUCCUUGGCUAAAUAAAAUGGGAUAAUUAAAGGACUUGAUAGGGUCAGCAAAGAAAGUCAAGUUGAGACAUUUUGAGUUCCAACAAGCUCCAUUUGUAGCCCUACCCCAACUGUUUUUAUGCCACAUGCAAGUUUUGAAUAUGAGAAGGUGUAGCAAACAUGUCUUCCCAUGUAUGUACGUGUAUUCCAAAAAAUAUACUUGCUGCCCUUGUAGGGCUCGAACCACAUGUCUUAACCACAUUAUGGAACAAAGCUGAAGGACAUUUGGAAACGUGGCACGGGAGGUCACCAAGUGAAGGGGGGGGGGGCAGGCAAGAUUGGGGGCACAGACCUCCUCUUUGCAUUCUCCAGGUGCUGUCUGAUGACUACAAUGGUGCUUGUUCAAAACACAAAACAAGUAUAAAGAGGUGCUAUAAGAAAGAAGGUGCAUUUUGAUAAUUAUAAAACUGUAAUUAGUGUUUUGUACAAAACUUGUAUUUCUUAAUCUACUUUCAAAACUUGCAUGUGUGCCAGAUUCUUCUUCUGGCUCUUUAUUUUCAAUUUUAAAGAUUAUAGAUUAUAACUUAAAACCAUCAUAGAAACAAAUGCAUUUGCCGUUCUGGUGUUGUGUUUUCUUUCAACAAAUACUGUGUAUGUGUCAUGAAACAAAUAAAGUGAGCAUUCAAACUCUUCUGUUUUCCUAAAUUAGAUUGUAUGACCUUUGUAUAUACUGACAAUCCAAAUCUUGAGAUUAUAUGCUGUUUUGUCCUUGUGCCCAAAGCUGACUCAACGGGAAAUAUUACACCAGCACAUGUACGGAAACAUGUUCCACUAACAUUGUUAUCCUGUGCUCAUAGGAAUCAAUCAUGGCAUUCAUUUUUCUUUAAUUUAAUUCCAUUUGGGGUUUUUUUGUUUGUUUUUUUAUAUUUGUUUUUGACAGUUUUUCUUUUUGGUUGUAUACCUCAAACUUUCUUGGUAACCUUUAAGAUGCAAGGAUGUAAUGCCCUGUAUAUACCUUGGUUGAGCAAUUAAGUUUAUAUAUUUUGGGUGAGGAUUUGUUUUUGGGUUUUUUCGGAAGAGAAAUACAUAACUGUCAGACAUCCAUUGUUCAAAUCUAUGUGUGAAUGCAAUGCGAAGCCCUUUAGGUGACCAAUUUUUGUAACUAAAAUGAGAAAAAAAUUGUUUUAAUCCAGAACAACACUGAACUGAAUGUCUCGAUGGUUUGUGUUGACUUUGGAGUAGAUCGACUCACUGUUCAUGUUAAAUGCUUUAAAUUGAGGAAAUGUCAAUUCAACUCAGACUCUGGGCUGGUGCAAUUCCAUCUCUCUUGAACCCAAUAAAGUACACUCUAACAACA